AUGUAAUAUCAAACAUGGCAUCAAUAGACUACGACGUUGUAAAGCGGGCCUCGUCCGGGUACCCGAAACCCGCGACCUUUCACCCUUCGUAUGGCACCGCGGGAUUCCGCACCAAUGCUGACGUCCUGGCAUCGACAGUCUUUCGGUGUGGCCUGCUCGCCGCGGCACGCGCGCUGCUACUCGGGCAACACACGGGCAUAAUGAUCACCGCCUCGCACAAUCCUGUUGAGGACAACGGCGUAAAGAUGGUGGAGCCCGACGGGGGCAUGCUGCCGCAGGCGUUCGAGCCGAUAGCGACGGAGCUGGCAAACUGCACCUUGGACGCGGAGGUGGCGAGCGUGCUGCGGGACCGGGUCAUGGCGGCAAACGCUGUGUCCGCGCAUGGCGCCCACACAACAGCGCCCGUUGACCGCAGCGCGCUGACGGUCCUGGUGGGACACGACACGCGACCCAGCGCGCCGGCGCUGGUGGCAGCUGCGCUGGCGGGCGUCCGCGCCCUGGGCGUGCACACGCACUUGUGCGGCUGCGUCACCACGCCGCAGCUGCACUUCCUCGUGCACCUGGCAAACAACCCUCGAAGCAGCAGCACUGCGACUGCUACAGCUCCUGCCACUGGGCCGGUGACUCCGCCGCUGCAGGCGUACUAUGACACCAUCGUGGGCGCCUUCCUCACGCUCAUGCAACAACAACCGCAGCUGCAGCAGGCCGGCAGUAGCGCAGCCAGCGGCAGCAGCAGCAGCAGCAGCAGCAGCACGGCCGCUGCGGCCGACGUCGUAUACGUCGACUGCGCGAACGGCGUGGGCGCUGCGCAGCUGCAGCCGCUGGUGCCAGCGCUGGCGGGUGUGGGUAUCACGCUGGCGCUGCGUAACACGGGGUCGGGGGCGGCCGCCGGGCUGCUCAACAGCAAGUGCGGGGCUGACUAUGUGCAGAAGGAGCGGCUGCCGCCCUCCGACUUCGCAGACGUGCCGGCGGGGGCCAGGUGCUGUAGCGUGGACGGCGACGCGGACCGCCUGGUCUACUUCAGCCCUGCCGGCAGUAGCACCAGCGGCAGCAGCGGCAGUAGCAGCAUGGGGCUGUGGGACGGCGACAAGGUGGCGAUGCUGGCGGCGGUCUUCAUUCGCGACCUCAUGAGCAAGUUGCCGGCGGAGCUGCUGGAGGGAGUGCAGGUGUGCUGCGUGCAGACGGCGUACGCCAACGGCGCCUCCACCGCCUACUUGAGGGAUGUGCUGAAGCUGCCCGUGGUGUGCACGCCCACGGGCGUCAAGUACCUGCACGAGGCCGCCCACGGCGCCGACCUGGGUGUGUACUUCGAGUCCAACGGCCACGGCACUGUGCUGUUCAGUACGAAGCUGAGGGAGCGGCUGACGGCGGCGGCCGGCUCACACCCCGCCGCGGCUGAGCUGCUGCUGCUGUCGCGGCUGAUCAACCAGACGGUGGGGGACGCCAUCAGCGGCCUACUGCUGGUGGAGCUCAUACUCAGGCGCAAGGGCUGGAGCCUGGCGCAGUGGCAAGCCCUGUACAUGGACCUGCCCAGCCGCCAGCUCAAGCUCAAGGUGGCGGACCGCGGCAGCAUCACCACUGCCGACGCGGAGCGCGUUUGUGUGACGCCCGCGGGGCUGCAGGAGGCGAUCAACGCCAUCGUGGCCAAGGUACCGCAGGGCAGGGCUUUUGCGCGUCCCUCGGGUACCGAGGACGCCGUGCGCGUGUACGCCGAGGCGACCACCCAGGAGGCGGCGGACGGCCUGGCGCGGGAGGUGGCGCGGGUCGUGUACGACAUGGCGGGCGGCGUGGGGCCUCGGCCCUGAGGCGGGCGAGCGAGGCGAGAUGGCAGGGGCGCUGCUGCUGCUGCUGGUGCUGACAUGGGAGUUGGCGCGGCCUGACCAGCCAUUGCGUGUGUGCUGCUCCCGCCUGUGCGACCUGACCGGGUCUGCAGCCCCGUCACCAGCGUGCCGUCCACGGCAAGCCGGUGCGGGCUGCGCCACAUCGCGUUCCCCUACCGUCCCUCAUACCCCCCUUGGGCUUUGCCCCCAUACAAAACGCCUGGCUGACAGUCGGCUUCUUACAGCCAGGGUUGCGGCGCGACGUCCCUCCUCCUCCUCCUCCUCCUCCCGACGCGGCCGCUGCGCCGCUCAUGCGAAUCGGGUCGCCAUAAUGAAGCGAAUGACGGCCAGUAUCCCAAAGAUGUACUGCAGGGGGGAGAUGGUCCAAAGGGGUGUGUGUGUGUGGACAGAGCUUAGGAGACGCAAUGAAGCACCCAGUGCAGUGGUGGCCGAGCCGAUAGGCGGCAUGUCAACACAGACCCAGGACAGGGGGCGGUGGCUAGGGUGGCUGGACAGAAUGGCGCCAGGGCAUGCGACACGGAUUUGUGGGUUGCAGGCUUCCGCAAUGGGGUUCGCUCUCUUCGCUCUGGCCGCGCUAGCACAAGCGCGUGUGGUGCAUACUCGACCUGGCGG